UUUCUCAUCACCUUCUCACACAUUCAAGCGCAUAGAUUUUUUACAAGGACAUUACUAGUGGAGCAACAAUGGCUUUGAGUUCUAAUGCACAAGGGUUCAUCCUCCUCCUAGCUGCUGCCUCUCUGUUGGCAGUGACAGAGGCCAGAACCAUCGUCGUUGGAGGGUCUGAAGGCUGGCGUUUUGGCUACAACUACACUGACUGGGCUCUCCAAAACAGCCCCUUUUACAUAAAUGACCAACUAGUGUUCAAGUACGAUCCACCAAGCGAUGCGAACUCCGGCUACAGCGUAUACCAACUGCCGAACCUGGGGAGCUACAUCACUUGCGACUUCAGCAAAGCCAAGCUGCUGGCGAGUCAGACGCAGGGAGGUGGCGACGGCUUCAAGGUGGAGCUGACUCAGUGGAGGCCAUAUUACUUUGCCAGUGGUGAUAAAGAUGGCAAGAACUGCAAGGAUGGGCUGAUGAAGUUCUUUGCCGUCCCACUACCACGUUGGAAUAAUUAAACUCAGAGUUUGAAAGCACACAAAUAAAACUUCCGGGAAGAAGAGACGGCAAACCAAAUACAUUAUACACAUACAUAAACCAGAUUGAUACCAUGUAGUUCAAUAAUUCUGGAGGGUUUUCAGUAAAAAUAAAAAAUUUCCCCAAUGAUACUUGUAGGUGGAAAUUUGUUUGAUAAAUCUGUCUUUGUUUGUUGAUUUUCAUGUUCGCAAUAAAGAUGAUUUGGUUUGUUUGAAA